UUCGGUUCGAAAAUUUUGAAAGGAAAAUACCGCGCUUUUGACGUCAUUUUUGCCGGUUAAAAUAGCCGAAAAGACGCACGGUUUCUAACCUUUUAUCGUAUUUAUACUAAAGUUUGUGAUAAAUAUUCGAGUUGUAAGACAUGACAGUAACACCUGGAACGUUCCAGAAUUUACCAUGGGUUGAAAAGUAUCGUCCAAAGAAAUUGGAUGAUCUUAUAUCUCAUGAGGAAAUCAUAAAAACUGUAAAUAGAUUUAUUGACGAAAACCAACUUCCUCAUCUCUUGUUUUACGGGCCUCCCGGAACAGGGAAGACAAGUACGAUACUUGCGUGCGCCCGUAAAUUAUACUCGUCAGGCCAAUUCAACUCGAUGGUAUUAGAAAUGAAUGCUUCGGAUGACAGAGGUAUUGGUAUUGUCAGAGGACAAAUACUCAGUUUUGCAAGUACUGGUACUAUGUAUAGAUCUGGUUUUAAAUUAAUCAUCCUCGACGAAGCUGAUGCUAUGACAAACGAUGCUCAGAAUGCUCUCAGAAGAAUUAUCGAGAAAUACACAGACAAUGUACGGUUUUGCAUCAUAUGCAACUACCUCAGUAAAAUUAUCCCUGCUCUUCAGUCUCGAUGCACUAAAUUUAGAUUUGGUCCAUUGUCUGCGAAUCAAAUAAUGCCAAGACUGGAUGACAUUAUUAAAGAAGAAAAUUUAAACGUCACAGAAGAUGGAAAGAACGCGUUAAUAACGUUAAGCGGGGGAGAUAUGAGGAAAGUUUUAAAUGUUCUUCAAAGUACGUCACUUGCUUUUGGCGAGGUCACGGAAGAUAACGUUUAUUCCUGCGUUGGACAUCCUCGUCCCAUCGAUAUCAAGAAUAUUGCGAAUUGGUUACUGAACGAGUCAUACGAACUAUGUUAUUGCAGUAUCCUUUUUGUCAUGUAUACGAAAUUAUUACAUUUAAUUACCUUAUUUUUACAUACAAAACUCUUUAUAUAUUCCUUAACAUACCGUUACACAGAAAUACAAGAUAUAAAACUGAAGAAAGGACUUGCAUUGCAAGAUAUACUAACAGAACUCCAUUUGUUCGUAAAUAAAAUUGAAUUCCCGGACUCGAUUCUUAACGAUUUAGUGAUAAAAAUGGCAGAAAUUGAGAAAAGGGUAGCUAUCGGUUGCAGCGAAACGGUACAAUUGAAUGCCCUUGUUUCAGCAUUUCAAAGCGCUCGUGAUAUCGAAACCUCGUAAUUCGUCCCGUG